AUGAGCCAGGCAGCCAGAGGCCCUGCUGCCUGCUACCGGGAGCUGUGUCGCUUCCCUGCCGUCACCCGUGCCGCCGUUGGGGCCGCCACGGGGGGCCAGACCUUCCUGCUCUACACCGAGUGCAGCCGCCCCGACCUGUCCCGGCGCCGGCUGCUGCGCUUCAGUCGCCACUACAGCCUGCAGCGUACGGGCAGUCGCAGCAUCACCGCCAGCCCGGCAGCGCUCAGCGCCGAGAUUCACAACCAGCUUCUCAGCCAGGACUCGCCCACGGGACAGCGCCGUGCCGUGCUCAGCCGCUGCCCGGGGCUGGGCCACGAGCUGCUGGAGGUGUGGGGCAGCAGUGGGCGCAGUCACAGUGUGGACCUCACAGCACUGGGGAAACAUGGGGAGGUCUACACAGAGGGGCCCUUUGCCUGUCUGGCCUGGUCCCACUCGGAGACACGACUACUCUACGUGGCUGAGAAGAGCCGGCCCAAACCACAGCCCCCCUGCCCCUGGGAUGCACCAGGAGCAGACAGGCCAGCAGAGGAGCACAGAGAUGAGCAGGACCAACGGUUUGUGUACCACGAGGACUGGGGGGAGGCACUGAGCACCCGCAGCAUGCCUGUCCUCUGUGCCCUGGAUCUGGAGAGCAGCAGCCUCUCUGUGCUGGAGGGCAUCCCAGAGCACCUCUGCCCUGGACAGGCCCUGUGGUCUCCAGAUGACCAUGGUGUGGUGUUUGUGGGAUGGUGGAAUGAGCCCUUUCGCCUGGGGCUGAGCGCCUGCUCCAACAGGAGGUCAGGAAUUUUUCACUUGGACCUGGACAGUGGGCACUGUGAGCUGCUGUCGGCUGAGCAUGCUGCUGCUUGCUCCCCCCGGCUGAGCCCCAAUGGUCAGCGCCUACUCUACCUGGAAGGGGACCUAGGGGGGCCCCACCGGCAGUGCCUGCGAUUGUAUCCCCCUACUGCAAACUGUCCCCAGAUCACCUGGCAGACAGGGCAGGCAGUAACUGUUCUCGACGUGGUGCACGAGCCUACAGAGGCCUUUGCUGGGCUCUAUGUGGAGGCACUGCCACCACGGUGCUGGGCAGCCGACAGCCGUCGAGCAGUGCUGGGCACUCCACAGCGAAGCCGCACAGACCUGCUGCUUGUGGACACGGAAACAGCCAUCAUCACCAACCUCACAGCAGGGUCACCUGAAGGGUGCUGGGAGCUGCUUACCCUCCAGUGGGACCUGUUGGUGGCCACCUGUUCAGCCCCACACCAGCCCCCAAGCCUGGUGGUGGCGGUGCUGCCACCAGCGGGCCAAGAGCUGCCGAUCCACUGGGUGCCAGUGAAGAACAGCCCAACAGUGCCUGGUGUCACCUGGAAGACUCUACAAAUCCAGCCACCCCAAAGCAGGCAGAGCCCCACCAUGCAUGGCACCCAGGCUUUUGAAGCCCUGCUGCUGAGCCCGACGGACAGCAUGGUACCACACCCCCUCAUCGUGUGCCCCCAUGGUGGUCCCCAUGCUGUCUUUGAUGCCCGCUGGCGCCCAAGCAUGGCCGCACUGUGCUGUCUGGGUUUUGCUGUGCUUCUGGUGAACUACCGUGGCUCCCUGGGCUUCGGUCAGGCCAGCAUCAGCUCCCUGCUCUCCCGUGUGGGUGAACAGGACGUGGCAGACACCCAGCUGGCAGUGGACCAGGCGCUGAGCACCGAGCCCCUGGACCCGCACCGCCUGGCCCUGCUGGCCGGUUCCCACGGAGCCUUCAUUGCCCUCCACCUCCUUGCCAACGAGCCUGAGCGCUACCAAGCCUGUGCCCUGCGCAGCCCUGUCUCCAACCUGCCCGCGCUGUUGGGCACGUCCGACAUCCCCGACUGGCGCUACACCUCCCUGGGGCUGCCCUACUCCUUUGAGCGGGUGCCGAGUGCUGAAGAUGUGGCCACCAUGCUGCUACGCUCACCCAUUGCCCGGGCAGCCCGGGUGCGGACGCCGGUGCUGCUGUGCGUGGGGGCCCGGGACCGGCGUGUGAGUCCCAUGCAGGCACUGGAACUGUACCGGGUGCUGCGGGCCAGGAGGGUGCCAACACGGCUGCUGUGGUACCCAGAGGGCGGCCAUGCGCUGGCUGGUGUGGACACGGAGGCCGACGUCUUUGGGAACUGUGCCCAUUGGUUCCUACAGUAUCUGGGGCAGCCCCCGCAGGAUGGAACAGGCCAGCACAGCUCCUAG